AUGACUCUUCCACCUCCUCCCGUUGUUUCUUCCCGAAGAGUAGUUGUUACUGGGUUAGGAAUGGUGACACCUCUUGGUUGUGGAGUGGGCACAACGUGGAAGCGCCUCAUAGAUGGAGAGUGUGGGGUAAGGGCUUUGUCUUUGGAAGACAUCAAGAUGAAUUCUUUUGAUAAGGAAACUCAGUUGAGUACCUUCGAUCAGUUGACAUCCAAAGUCGCUGCUGUUGUUCCUACUGGAACCAAUCCGGGUGAAUUCGACGAUCAAAUUUGGCUUAAUUCUAAGGACCAUCGAUCAAUAGCAAGGUUUAUAGCAUAUGCCCUGUGUGCUGCUGAUGAAGCUCUCAAGGAUUCUAAUUGGUUUCCCACUGAGCAGGAAGAUAAGGAAAGAACGGGGGUGUCUAUUGGUGGGGGAACCGGAAGCGUUAGUGACAUCCUAGAUUCUGCACAACUGAUAUGUGAGAAGCGUCUUCGUCGCCUUAGUCCAUUUUUUAUCCCACGGAUAUUGAUCAACAUGGCAUCGGGUCAUGUGAGCAUGAAAUAUGGUUUCCAGGGACCAAAUCAUGCUGCAGUAACUGCAUGUGCCACAGGAUCACAUUCUAUUGGUGAUGCAAUGAGAAUGAUUCAAUUUGGGGAUGCAGAUGUUAUGUUGGCUGGAGGCACAGAGUCCAGCAUUGAUGUAUUAUCAAUUGCAGGAUUCUGCAGGUCUCGGGCUUUGACAACAAAAUAUAAUUCAAGCCCACAGGAAGCAUCACGACCAUUUGAUAGUGGUCGAGAUGGGUUUGUGAUAGGUGAAGGUUCUGGAGUCUUGGUCUUGGAGGAAUUUGAGCAUGCAAAAAACCGAGGAGCCAAAAUCUAUGCAGAGGUUCGUGGCUAUGGGAUGUCAGGUGAUGCAUACCAUAUUACUCAACCUCCUAGUGAUGGGAGAGGUGCCAUUUUGGCCAUGACUCGUGCUUUAAGACAGUCAGGUCUCCAUCCUUCUGAAGUGGAAUACAUAAAUGCACAUGCUACAUCUACACCUUUGGGCGAUGCAAUAGAAGCUAAUGCUAUCAAAACUAUGUUCUCUGACCGAACAAAUUCAUCUGCUUUAGCCUUCUCCUCCACAAAGGGGGCUAUCGGUCAUCUUCUAGGUGCUGCUGGAGCUGUAGAAGCAAUUUUUGCAGUUUUAGCCAUACGACAUGGAAUUGCUCCAUUAACUCUUAAUUUAACUAAGCCAGAUCCUGUGUUCGAUCAUGGUUUCAUGCCGUUGUCUGCUUCAGAAGAAAUGCCAAUUAGAGUAGCUAUGUCAAACUCUUUUGGUUUCGGAGGCACCAAUGCGUCCCUACUUUUUGCUCAUACUGAUUCGGACUGA